CGCCUCAGAGCACAAAAAUUCUUUCUCAUAAUUACAUCACCGCCUGCGCACCAACGGAAACACUCCCAAUCCAAUCUCAGAAAGCUUCUGUGGGUGGUGGCCCGAAACCAGUGUGCAUCACUAUCCUGCUUUACUGCGUUUGUUCCGGCUGUUGUGGCAUCAGCGCUUGAAAGAUGCACGUCCCUCUGUCUCUCCCCUAUACCAAAUCACAACUUCCAGACCACAACCCUUCAUAACUUACUCACACAACAGAUACCCUUCGGGCACUGUGGGAGCAUGGACGUCGAAGACGUCGCCGAAAGCGUCAGGGAACUUAUUAGAAUAGGUGUUUCAGAGGAAAUAAGACAGCUCAUGGUGGGAGGCAGUCAUGGUGGGUUUGUCGCUGCUCAUUGUAUUGAUAGGCCAAUACCCAACGUAGCAUCGCUCCGCAACCCCGUCAUCUUAUCAGGCAAACUCGCAACGAGGACUGAUAUUCCUGAUCAGGUUUAUCUUGAAUUC